CGUAGCGGUAGUCUCGUAGCAGCGGAACGUGUGCUACGCCGUGCCACGAAUUUCUAUCCGGGCAAAACUCUGGUUAAGUGUACAGUGAUUUUGAGUGCGAAACAGAUAGUGGGAUUAUGUGCUGUGUACAGUGUUAUGACUAAUCAAGGUUUUGGAAAAUGGUCCUAAUUGCAAGAAAGUUGAUUGAGCUACAAAUUCGAUCAAAUAGAAUGUAACCACAAAUAAUCAAGAUGAAAUGGGGAGUGGCGAGCGGAAUGGGCGUUUCGCUUGCUGCUGCUGUGCUCCUUAUGCUGCCGCUCUUCACCUCAUCCACAGGAGAUAUACGACAUCACGGCGCAUCGAAAGCCCGUGGUUGGCGUGGCAGUGUUGCACCAGCAGAUGUUACAGCGAACAACUCCGUCAGCAAUGUCACAGCACAGCUGGGGGGCACAGCGUACCUCCACUGCCUUGUUGGGCACUUAAAUGAACGAGGGCAAGUGUCCUGGAUUAGAAAACGCGACUGGCAUAUCUUGAGCUCCGGGAAGUUCACCUACACCAAUGAUGAACGGUUUCAGGUUCUUCACGGAGAGGGUUCUGAAGACUGGACCCUUCAAAUCAAGUUUGUACAGAAACGAGACAAUGGCACUUAUGAAUGUCAGGUGUCAACCCGUACCGGCAUCGUGUCGCAUUACGUCCGACUGCAGAUAGUGGUCCCCGAGGCUUUCAUCCUGGGAUCGGGUGAACAUCACGUCGACCUCGGCAGCGUUAUACACCUCAUAUGCAUUGUUGAAAAGAGUCCGACUCCACCGCAAUACGUAUUCUGGUACCACAAUGACCGCAUGAUUAACUAUGACGCGACGCGAGGAGGAAUCACGGUGGAGACAGAGCCGGGAGCAAGAACUCAAUCGAGACUUACAGUACGAGGAGCCACCUUGAAGGAUUCAGGAAAUUACACUUGCAGUGCCAGUAAUACCGAGCCGGCGUCUAUACACGUUUUUGUAUCGGAAGGCAGUAACAAAAUGGCGGCCAUUCUACGACGCAACACUAGCGCCAUCCAUGGUAUUACCUCAAGCGUGACGUGUAUUCUUCUUCUAGCGUCUGUGUUGGUGCAUUUCGUCGUACGAUGACGGUAAAUUGUUAAGGAGUUUUUUCUUUAAAUGUUACUUUUGUGAAAAUCUUACUGCCAAAUAUUUUGAAGCGUUUGUAACAAGUAACGAUACGUAAGUUGGCAGGAAUUGCGCAGAAAUACUU